AUGGACAAGAGGGAUAAGGCCAAGGUAGGGCCCGCCUCGAGGACACCAGCUUCUCGUCCCCCUGGCCUUCCCACCCCUAGGCCUCCGGGGUCCCCUCGGCCCCCUCCCCCAGUAACCGCCGCAGCCCUUCGGGUUCUGGGAGCAGCGGGAGUCAUGGGGCGAAAGCCCCUGGCAGAGCGAUCUGGAGGCGUCGGUGGAGCCCCUGUUCCGGAGGCUGCUGCCCGCGUGGGACCGACUCGAAGCACUGUGGCAGGUCCUCGAAGUCCAGCUUCCAGACCCUCAGCUGCUGGGAGAGGAGAGAGGACCCCUGCCAAGACGCCCAGCCAGGGUUCUUCUGUCUCUACCCCAGGACGAGCUAGCGGGACCACCAGACCAGGCCCUGUUGGUCAGAAAGGACCCCGUCCCUCAGCUGAGGAACCUGUGGCCAGAGGAAAAGCCCCAGAGACACCCAAAAGGGCUGCUCUGAACUCCGGGACACGAAAAGACUCUUCAGGGCCCACUUCAGGGGCCCCCUCACCGGCCAUGGGCCGUCGCUCCCGGACAGCGGUGGCAGAAGCGGGACUCCCUCGACCAGCUGCGAAUGCCCGGCCACGACCCUUGACCGAGACGCCCAAGAAAUCAGUGACUACUGGAGACCAAAAUGCCCCAGAGCCUAGUCCAGCUGCCAGGAGGCGGCCCAGCGCUGGUGGUGGCCUCCAAAAGCCAGCCUCUCGUCCCUCGGGCUCCGGUGCUACCCCUCUGUCAUCCCCCGCCCGGUCUGGGGCCUCAUCCCGUGGACCAUCCCGGGCUCCUGCGCUGAUGUCACAGCCCAAGGCCAAAGGGCAGUCGGCUCUGCGCCCCCCGCAGACCACAGUCCCCAGGAAGAACGCAGUUUCGGUGCCAGGCCAGCUUUCAGCUUUGUCUUUGGCCAAGCCCUCUCCACCUAGCGCGGCCGCCCAGCAGACACCACCUCCCCGCCGCUCAAGGGCUCCUCCCCAGACUACCCUCCCUCCCUCUCCGCCAACCACGCCCCCUCCGCCUGCAACCCUGCAUCCUCAAGACCCGCCCUCCCCUCAGGCCACGCCCCACUCACAGAACCAAGCCUGUCCAUUGGCCACCACAUUUCCAGUAGCCCCUUCCACUCCGCUCUGCCUGGAGACCCUCCCCUCUCCACCGGCCACGCCCCCUUCGCAAGCUCCACCCUUUCCGGAGGUAGAAAGAGUCUCUCCCCGGCCCACGACGACGACGGCAUUUUCUCCAUCAGGUUCAUCUCCUGCUUCUCCUCAGAAGACAACAGUGACCCCAGAGGAGGCCAGGCUUCUGGCUUCGCCCCCUCCACAGGCCCCGCCCUCUUCAGCGACGACGCCCCCUCCGCAGGUCCUGCCUCGCCUGGGCUCGCCCCUUGUUCAGCCUCCUUCCUCUCCCCCUGCGUCGCCCCCACUGCAGGCCCCAUGCCGACCCCCGACCCCAGGUCCAGAUGCCUCCAUCUCGGGUCCACGGCUGACCCUAGCGCUGGCCCCGGCCCCGCCACCACCACCUUCUCGCAGCCCAUCCAGUACGCUGAGCGGCCCGGACUUGGCCGGCCACAGCAGCAGCGCCACCAGCACUCCAGAGGAGCUGCGUGGCUACGAUAGCGGGCCCGAGGGCGGCGCUGCAACCUCCCCGCCCGCCGACGCGGAGCUCGCCGCCUGCCAUCCGGCGGCCUGGAGCCGAGGGCCUGCUCCGCCGCUGGCUGUCUGCGGCGCUCCAGGUGUUCCUCUGCCUUGGCCUCCUGCCGCCGGCCCGGGCUCAGCAGACGGAUUGUGCACCAUCUACGAGGCUGAAGGACCCGAGCCGGCGACCCCGACCCCAGGCUCGCUGGAUCCGGGACCUGGGUCCUGCGCGGGGGAUGGGAAAGCGGCGAGUGGGGCGGGGCUCGGGGCGUCCUCGCGGAGCCCGAAGUCGGCGCGCCUCGGCGAGCUGCCGCUGGGAGCGCUGCAGGCUAGCGUCGUGCAGCACCUGUUGAGCCGGACGCUGCUACUCGCCGCGGCCGAGGGUGCGGCGGGAGCCAGCGGCGGGGGUCCAGUGGGUACGGGGGGUGGUGGCGUCUCCGGGGCCACCCGUACUCCGCUCAGCGACGCCGAACUAGGCCGCUGGGCCGAACUGCUGUCUCCCUUGGAUGAGUCGCGUGCCAGCAUCACAUCGGUCACCAGUUUCUCCCCAGACGAUGUGGCCUCUCCACAGGGUGACUGGACUGUGGUGGAGGUGGAGACUUUCCAUUGAGCCAGACGCCAGGCCCGCCCACCCUCCAUGCCCACCCCUGUUUUAGGAUUCUCCCCUCCGUUACGCUUUUGUCUUAGGUCCCCUUUCUCACUUUUAGGGUCCCCCGCCUCCCUUUCCUUGGGUUGAUUUUUGAUUCCCUAGAGCCCUACCUAGUCUUUGGACCCAAGUUUCACUCCUGCCUUUAGCUGAUCCUCCGGACCCUCCAGUCAAGCCCCGCCCCUUAGCCAGGACCACACCUCUGCUCCCGCUGGAAUCAUUCCCUGCUCCCGCCGGAAUCCCAAGUUCAGUACAUUGUAAACCCA